GAGACGAUGGCUCGACUUGUGAACACCUGCCAUCGCCUGUCCACUCUAGAUCUGAGCGGGUGUUGGUCCAUGACCCUCAGCAACAUCACUAAAUUACAGGGUAAAGCCAGCAGGAGGCGCCGUAAACUACAAAUCAUUUGGACAUGAAAUAGUGGAGUCACUGUGUUUUUAAAUAUGGCACUAUAUUACAUUCCAUGUACACAGCCACAAUAAUUUCUGAUGCAGUUUAUUAAUCUUAAGUGUAUCUUUUCGAACAUACCAAUAACUGUUUGUUUUAUGGAAGUUUGCACUGUUAUUUCAACUUAAGCACUGCUGUAUCAGAUGUAUACGGUUUUAUAUGUAUGUUUACAUGUACUGGUCUUUAGUCAAACAUGCAGGGAAAUGUAUGCAGUUUUGUCAUGUAUUCACAUUUCAUGAUUUGUUGAUUUAUCUGGGGAAUUUUUGCCAUUGUUUGAUGAGCUUGAUGUCUUUCUCAGAACAAGUGGCGUGUGGGGGGAAAAAACGAAAUGAGGCAACAGUGUAUAAAGGAAAAAUUCCCGUCAAUAAGCAUAAUCAUGCUUGUACCAGGUUCAACCAACAGGGUAAUUUGGUUGGCUUACCAAACCUUGAAUGCUGUACUUUUGUUUUUUCUUGUUAUUGUUGUUCACAAAUGCUUUAAUAUUUUUUCCGUAGUUUUGAACCUUUCCAAAUAUUCACUUCCAGUUUUCAUACAUCAACCUUUUUUUUUUUUUUGCUCAUCCAUCAAUUUUCAUCCAGUAGACAUCAAUUAACACUGAGUUUUACUCAGAUGGUUUACAAGCUAGAACUACCAAAGUUGGUAGAUGCCGGAAGGCAGUCCUUUUAUGUCCCUUUGUUUUUCUUCACUCCUCUUUAGUUCCUUCUUUUUCCAUCACUCAACUAAAAUCCAUUCCAUACUAACUGAAUUCUCCAGCUAUUGUCAAACUCAAUAUACCUGAUGGCCAAGUCACAAAGCAUCCAUCUAACCCUGUUAUAAACCCUCCAUCAUCCUAUGGAGACCUGUGGAGAUCUUCAGAAAGAUCUUCCUCAAUCUACAGAAAGACUGAAGAGACAAACUAAAGCUGAUCCACUGAUCUCCAGAAGGACGUGUGUAGGUUCACUGCCCAUUUUGGAUAGUAAAUAAAAUAUAUCUGCAUUGCAGACCACAUAACUGGCUUGGUUCCCAUCACCACCACCACUGUAAAACAAUCGGCUGGCAAGUUUCUCUGUAAUAGCCCAUUUUACGUCAAACCAUUCUGAACAAUGUUUACAUGUCAACAAUGACAUUUUUGAGAAAUCGGUGGCCAACAUUAGCUGGCAUGCUCAUUAAAACUUGUUUGCACACUUUACCUUCUAGUUUUGUUGUUUUCACUGGACAGGUGUAAAAUUCUAUAUGAUGACUAGUCACAUUUACUAAGAAGGCACAAACUGACACAAUGAUGACAUUUUCAAAGUUCCAGCAUGUGUCAGAAAGUGACAGUCAUGCAUUUUUCCGUAAAUCUAAGUGGCCGUGCCAAUAACUUUAGUAAAACUUUAACUUUGGCUAAACACACAUGGUUGUACUGGCACGUUUAUAACUGGAUUGAUGUCGAUAACUGCAAACCACACUGGACUUUAAUUUGUCUUGGCUAAGCAGAGAUCAGAUUCAGACGCCACAGAAGUGAGACAAAGCCAUGACUCCUCGCCUGUUGUGCAUGGCCGUCCUAGUCCUGGCGGCUCACCUGGCACUCACCAAAGCUGCCGUCCGUGUUUGGGGCAUCCAAGCCUCUGGUCUGGAAGGCGACCCCACAGGACCCCCUGACCCAUACAUCAAGGUGUGGUGCGGCUCUUCUUUCGGCGGCAUGACCGAGUUCUACAGGGACACUCGACGGCCUUCGUGGAAUGCAGAGUUCCGCUUCUCCAAUUGCAAAGCCAAUGACAUCCUGAAGCUGGAGGUGUGGGACAAAGAUCUUAACUUGGACGACCACCUGGGAACCUGCACCACGCAGGUGCAGCGUGGCUUGAACCGUAAUAAAUCCUGUCGUGUGGGCAAAGGCAGUCUGACAUACAGCUACCAAACGUCAUGAAUAUUGUUAGCUUCACUGCUAAGUGCUUGCUCCAGCAGUUUUGUCUUUCACCCCAACUAAAGAUCAAUUAAAAAUCUGAUUUUCCACCAA